CCAAAACCUCAGGACAGUUGCGGAGACUUCUUAAAACCCUAAAAGCAAAGAGAAUAGCAGUGAAGACGCCGCCGUUUCAGCCGUUAACGACAUGCCGAAGUCGAAGCGUGACCGAGCAGUUACUUUGUCAAAGACGAAGAAGAAAGGGAGAGAACACAAAAAAUUGAUUGUGAAUUCGAUAAGAGAAAACGUGGAAAAUUACAACUCCAUUUAUGUUUUCUCUUUUGAGAAUAUGAGAAAUCUCAAGUUCAAAGAGUUCAGAGAUCAGCUCAAACCUACCAGCCGAUUCUUUCUUGGCUCUAACAAAGUUAUGCAAGUGGCUUUGGGUCGGUCCGUUGCCGAUGAGAUAAGGCCUGGCCUUUAUAAAGUUUCUAAGCUGCUUCGUGGAGAUAAUGGUCUUUUUCUUACAAAUAUGUCGAAGAAGAGCUUAUUUAAUAAGUAUGAAGAAUAUGACUUUGCAAGGACAGGAAGCACUGCAACAGAAAAAGUGGAACUUUCUUCAGGUCCUCUUGAACAGUUCACACACGAGAUGGAGCCGUUAUUGAGAAAGCAAGGGAUGCCUGUUCGGCUAAACAAAGGUGUGGUGGAACUUGUUUCAGAUUUUGUUGUGUGUGAAGAGGGAAAGCCUAUAUCACCUGAGUCAGCUCGCAUACUGCGUUUGUUGGGGAUCAAGAUGGCUACCUUCAAACUUCACCUAAUUUGCCGAUGGAGUCCAGAGGAUUUUGAACUUUAUAGAGAAGGACUUGAUGAAUCGGAUGUUGAAUCAGCAUAAUGGAAUGGUUU